ACGUGACCAAUCAAAUUUUCUGAAAGCGUUACGAAUAGCGCAUAAAUGCUAUCGCGAAAUUUCGGUUGGCGCAAACACCACGGGUUCUCAUUUGUCGUCUCCAUUGUUAAGUGCCUACUAGGGUUUUGAUCUUCCGCGGUGAGGUUCUCGGGCAGCCAUGGAAGAAGUUAGGUCCAGCACCGCUUGGGUCUCUACUCACUCCUCUCAUGUUACCGUUGAUUUCUCAGGCAUUGAGAAGGUUGCUGAAACUAUGAAGAAUACAUUGCCGAAAGUGGAGUGGGAUUUUGAAGGGAUACACUAUUUUGAUAACGGCCCACUCACUGUUCAAUACUUAUUGGUCUUGGAUACAUUGAAUUUCUGCUUCUGGCCAGAUGAGGACCUGAGUUAUGAUCAUCUAGCAUCUGGACUGAAGGCUACUCUUGAAAGUGACAAAACUGCAUUUGAUGCUGAUCGUCUACAGAAAUGUACAGGUCCUCAGUUAAGGAAAAUGUUGAACUGGCCGAGAGCACUGCCUUUGGAGGAUGAACGGGUGCGCUUAUUGCAUGAGGUUGGGCUUGAGCUUGAGAGGAGCUUUGAGGGAAAAGCAUAUAAGCUUGUGGAGUCCUGCGACAAAUCUGCUGCAAAGCUUGUAGCUCUUAUUGCUUGCCACUUUCCUGGCUUCCGUGAUCACACGGUGUACAAAGGCCACCAGAUUUUCUUCUAUAAAAGAGCUCAAAUUUUUGCUGCUGAUUUAUGGGGUGCAUUUAAGGGUCAAGGAUACGGUGAUUUUGAAGACAUAAGCUCAAUAACCAUAUUUGCUGAUUAUAUUGUUCCAGCUGUCCUUCAGCAGCUUGGAGUGCUGAGAUAUAGUUUAUCCCUGGUCAGUAUUAUCAAGAAAAAUACUGAAAUUAUCUCAGGAAGUGAGGAGGAGGUAGAACUCCGAGCCUGCUCUGUCUAUGCUGUGGAGAAAAUGAAGGAGUUAAUCAGUGAAAAGACUGGGAAGCAGGUUGGUCUUGCUCAUUGCGAUUAUAUUGCUCUUCUCCUUUCUUCAGUGGUGUUGAGCGUGGAACUGGAUCUUUGGUUAUGGGCUUUUGGUAUACAAUGCCCAUCUCUUCAACACCACAGGACACUCUCUAUCUAUUAUUGACUACAGCAAUUGAGCUCCAUCUCCAUUGCAGUUUUGCAUUCAAAUGAUUUUUGGGUGUUUAGGGAAUUUGACAUUUAUGCAUCUAGGUGUAAGAGUACAGGAAUUAUACAGGAUUCUUUUCCUUCCUAGUGGUGAAUUCACUUUCUUUAAAGAGUAUGGAGGUUGAAUAUCGGUUAUUUAACCUUGUUCAAUCUCAUUAGGUUUCUGUAAAUUGACCUACAUACAGAUUUAUUUUCCUUAAUGGUAAAUGUUGGCUGGAAUGCAUGGCUUUAUGCUUAA